GGGAGGAGGCGGACAUUCUGUAGCAGCAGGUUUGUGAGCGCAGAAGCCGGAGAAGGAAUCGGAGCGAGAGAAACAGUGUGGCUGCAGUGAGGAAGGAGAGACACAUACAGAGAGAGGACAGAGAGACAGAGAGAACGGCCUCACCUUUUUGCUGACCCAUGAAAGAAGCCAUGCCGGUCCUCUCAGCAGGCACAGGCCUGCACGAGACUCUGGCCCUUCUGACGUCCCAGCUGCGUCCUGAUGCCAACCACAAGGAGGACAUGGUCUUCCUCAAAGACGUCUUCAGUGAGAAGAGCCUGGGUUACCUCAUGAAGAUCCAUGAGAGGCUGAGACAGUACGAGCGCCAGAGUCCUACACCUGUCCUUCACAGUGCCGCCUCCUUGGCUGAGGAUGUGGCAGAGGAGCUGCAGAGUGGACCAAUGAGUGUUGAGGAGAAGGAACUCCUACAGCUGUUGACGUCCCACCAUCUCAAGGCCGUUUUGUCAGUUCAUGACACGGUUGCCCAGAAGAACUUUGACCCCGUGUUGCCACCGCUGUCUGACGACUUCGAGGACGAGCUGGAGGAGGAGUCAGUGAAGAUUGUCAGACUGGUCAAGAACAAGGAACCACUGGGGGCCACCAUCAGACGGGAUGAGACCACAGGGUCUGUGAUCGUGGCACGCAUCAUGAGGGGCGGGGCUGCAGACCGGAGUGGACUGGUCCAUGUAGGAGACGAGCUGCGGGAGGUCAACGGCAUCUCCAUCAUUCACAAGAGACCUGAUGAGAUCAGUCAGCUUCUGUCCCAGUCUCAGGGCUCUAUCACCCUGAAGAUAAUCCCAGCCGUUAAGGAGGAGGACCGCCUGAAGGAGAGCAAGGUCUACAUGAGGGCCCUGUUUGACUACAUCCCUGCUGAUGACAAGGCCACGCCCUGUCAGGAGGCGGGACUUCCCUUCAAGCGAGGUGACAUCCUGCAGGUGGUAACUCAGGACGACCCCACCUGGUGGCAGGCCAAACGGGUGGGCGACAGCAACCUCCGGGCUGGACUUAUCCCCUCCAAACUCUUCCAGGAGAGACGGCUGGCUUACCGGAUAAAAACGGGCACACUUCCGAACCCUAAAUCCCCUAAAAAUCCUACCUAUGACCAAGGAUGUGACAAAGAGGACUGUGAUUGUGAGGGCUAUUUCAAUGGACAGUACAUAGUCUCUCCUAAGUGUAAAGCAGUGGCGCCCUCCUGUGGCCAGGUGUUUUCCUGGGAAUUUUAUUCAGCGGGUCUGAGGAGGAGUUUCCGUCUGAGCCGAAAGGACCGGUCAGGAUCCCUCGGAGGAGGGGCCACCUCCGACCCCACCGACCCAGACUUUGCCACCUACGAGGAGGUGACACGCUACCAGCACCGGCCCAACGAGAGACCCCGCCUGGUGGUUCUGAUCGGCUCCCUUGGAGCUCGUAUCAAUGAGCUGAAACAGAAGGUGAUCGCAGAGAACCCCCAUCGCUAUGCUGUGGCCGUACCGCAUACCACCAGGCCCAAGAAGCCUCAUGAGAAGGAGGGGGUGGAGUACCACUUUGUCACCAAGCAGGCAUUUGACGCAGACUCUCUGAGCAACAAGUUCAUAGAGCAUGGGGAGUACAAGGAGAACCAGUAUGGUACCAGCAUAGAGGCUAUCCGCUCUGUACAGGCCAAGAACAAGAUGUGCCUAGUGGACGUGCAACCAGAGGCUCUGAAGACACUGCGGACAUCUGAGUUCAAGCCCUAUGUCAUCUUCGUCAAGCCGCGUGUCCCGGAGAGCAGACGCCGUCGUAGUGCUGCCACUUCACCAGCAGGGGGAGAUCACGGGCGAGUGACGGAUGAGGACCUGCAGGAAAUGCGUCAGUCAGCCCAGCAGAUGGACCAGCGGUAUGGCCACCUGGUCGACCGGGUCCUAAUCAAGGAGGACUCAGCCAGCGCCUGCACAGAACUCCGAGGCAUUCUGGAGCGCCUGGAGCGUGAGACCUUCUGGGUACCCCUCUGCUGGGUGCGGACCUAACCCCGCUCUCCCCAACCACCACCCUCCAGAGAGGGGGAUCACAGCCCCCAGCCCUUCCUCCAGCAGGACCCCCCCCAUCCCUUUUCUGAUCUCCUGGACCCCUUGGCCAGCCUGUAGGGUGUGGAAGAUCCUGCCCCAAACCCUGGCCUGAUAUCGGGCCAGCAACACACUGGCACUAGGGGAGAAGGGCAUGCAGCAAAACCCUUUGGAACGUUUCUGUGUUUGGGAUAUUCAAAGGGAAAGAUUGUUGUUCUGGCUAUUAAACAAAACACACACACACGCAAUCCAUUGUUCAAAUUCAUGUUGUUCAUAUAUUUAUUCAAGUUUUUUUAUUUUAUUAUUUAUGUCAGUCAGUCAGCCAGACAGACAUCUUUAUUGUGGGUCCAUGUGACAUGCCAUCCGUAGCUUCCUUUGGUCCGCAGUGUCUUGUACUUGAGUUUCCCCUUAAGAUAAUAAUACAGUAUAUCACAAUAGUGAGUACACCCCUCAAAAGUAAGUACACCCCUAAGUGAAAAUGUCCA